GACCGUGUCGAUAUGGUGGUCCGACUAAGGUGUUAGUGUCGGAUUUUGUUCAAAAACCUUGUCGAAAAUUAAGGUAUCCUCGACGCGACCCGCCGAAUUAUAGUAAAAUCGCAAACGACGCAUUACGUGGACGAGUAAUUUUAUCGUUUCAGACAAAGUAAGUGGUCACCUAGUGUAAGUUUUGUGUAUUGAUUUUGCAGGAUAACAAUGGUGGUCGUCCACGGCGCGAUGUUUUGCCAUUAUGGCCGUCUCCGUCGCCGACGACAAUAUGCAUGCCGUCGUUCGCUACUCGAUAACAACUCGGUAAUCGGUCGGUACCUCGUUUGCCGUAGGUUCGUCGCCACGGCAGAAACAGCUUGUGCGUGGCUCGCUUAAAAGACUUUCACCGCGGUCGCUUGAACGUUUCGCGAUGACAUCGUCGCGGUCUAUUCUGAUUUCCGGGUCGCGAUUCUCCUCGUUUCGUAACGUCGUCGUCCGAAUCGCCCGCACGCGGUGGUGGUACUAUGAAAGGGGUGAAUGCGUGACUCAGUCUUCUAUCCUGGAGCAAGAAGCCGCGUAUUCGCGACCGUCGAAAGCGGUUUUCUCCGGGUUAAGAGACUGGCGUUACUAUUGUAUGAAUGACGAAAGUACCUACUAAUCCCUGGUUGCCGUUGAGGCCAGAACUGCAGCGGCGGGGGCUGCGGUCUGGUGCCGCGUGUCUCGCGCGCGCCCGGUUCGAAACCCGGUACCUCGACAGAUUCUGUGGGGCUCGUUCUUAAUUACCAGACGAGUACACGAAGUGAGUCGCUUUUGGUUAGUUUCCGCACAGCAACUAGCUUCGCGUAAUGUCUUCGAGACGACGAUCCCGGAGCCGGAGCAGGGACAAGAAGAGCGCGAUGUCGAAACUGAGGAUGGACAGCAAGCCGCAGACGCCCCGGAUUACAGACCCCAGUCUGCCGGCGAGCCGGCGCCGCGAGAUCGACAAUGUGAUGAAAAAAGCCCGGGCGCAGAACUCGCCCACGUCGGGGGCGUUCUGGGACAAGAAACUACUCGAGGUGGAAGCGAAGGAUCCCAACAGAUGGCGCCACUCGGGUUACAAAUCCCUCUACAUAGACGGUUCGUCGUCCCCGUCGUCGGGCCACCGCAGCCGCAGCCGCUCAUUUAACGGGCGGGGGCGGUCCCCCGGGUCGCCGCGUCGCCGUUCUCCGUUACCGCGGCGGUCGCCGCCCCUACGCGGCCGUUCGCCGCGAUCACCGCCGACCCGACGUCCGCGAUCUCCGCCGCCGCGUCGGACGCCCCCGUCGCCGGCCAGGAGACGCUCCGCGUCCGCGAGCAGCGUGAGCAGCUGCUCAGACGAGUCGUGCUCGGUGUGCUCGCCGAAGAUGAGACGAGGCGCGAGGUCCAGGUCGGGCUCUUUUUCUCCGGUUCGCGUUGGCCGUAAGUCGGGCGGCAAACAGCCGGGACGCGCGAGGGGGCGGCCCCCGAGUCCCUCGCCUUCGCCUCCUCCGCCGCGACGCAUGCCGCGCCCGAUGACGCCACCGGUGGCUCGCAAAGCCCCGAAACCGACGACCUCCGACAAGCCGACGGACCCGAGGAGGCAACCGCCGCCGCCGAGGCCGCGCGGCGCCACCGGCGAGAUAAUCAACAUCAAGGGCGUGAAGCCGCCCAUGAAGCCGGGGAGCGCGGCCGCCGCCGUCAGGAAAACUGCGCCGGGCGGCGACAAAACGACGCCCGGACAGUCGAAACUGCUCAGCCGCGUGAAAAAGGAGGGGGCGCCGCGAAAGAAGAGGGCAGGUUCGCCGGCCGGGGCCGGCGGCGAUUCGUCCGGUUCCGACGACAGCGCCCAAUCGGUGACGGUGCCGAUCGUCGCUACUACGGGCAUCACGCUGUCCGAGCGUUUCGGGAAAAUCGCGCAGUGGAGCGCGGACAGGGAGCGGCGCGACAUCGAGAACAUGCGCAUCACCAAGACCGGCACCAACAUGAAGGUGAUGGUGGAGGAGGACGAUUUCUUGUAUGGCACGCCGCCUCGCAGCAUAUCGCCGGUUCCCGCGGGUCUCUACCCCGACGAGCUGCUGGCGUCGGGGCCGUCGCGGCUUGCGUCCUGGGACGACGUCCGCGUGCGGUACCAGUAUUACAAGGACCUGGGGUACCUGCGCGACCUCACGCUCGAGGAUUACGUCAAGUGGGAGGAGUGGUGGUACAAGUACCAGGACUGGCUCGCGAACGAACGCCACUACGAGCAUUGGCUGGCGAGCAGGGGCUCGGGAGGCGGCCACCGCAGGAGGAAGAAGCGACUGCCCGCGUCCCAACGGCUCAACUGAUGAAACGUCUUUCGGGAGGCGUGGCGUUCUUAAUUUUUUCCCUUUUUUUUACUUUUUCCCUCGUCGGAGGACGAUCGUUAAGCUCUAGGCUUUAUUAUAUUUUCGACUUUAUUUAUUGCGCCGGACGAAGGACGGGCUUUACGUUUACAUAUAUAUAUAGCGAUGCGAUCGGUUGUUUGUGUAAUUCGGAUCGAGCGGCAUAGAAUUUAUUUACAGUACCCCAGUUUUUUAUUUUCGGUCCCUGCAAUGCGUUUUUUUCCGUGACGGGGUUCUUGUUUUAAUUUAAGUUAUAGCUGGACCAGAAUU